AUGCACUUACGCGUGCAACCCGUUCACAAGCCGACUUUUCCCGUAUCAGCGAUCCCACAACAGCUCAUGGGUCAUCUUCGGCUUCUUGCUGUCCCUUGCGAAUGGCCGAAUAAAACAAGAAGAGAAAGCUCGGCAAUGAAACAGCCAAUAUACCAGACGUUACCGUGGAGCCAUACAUCGGAUGCCCCCCCGUCAAUUCGAAUACGCACCCGACAGACGCAAUAG